ACAGAGCCUCGUAUCACAGAUUAUCCAUAUUAUUCAGACUAUGCUUCUCUAAUCACACAACCUUGUUCUAAGUUGGAAGUCAGGAACUUCACAAAAGCAUUUCUGCCAGUUGUGUAUUCGCUGAUUUGUAUCAUCGGCCUAGUUGGUAACAUCUUUGUAGUGAUGACCUUUGCUUUAUAUGAAAAAGCCAAGUCCAUGACGGAUGUGUACCUUUUCAACAUGGCCAUAGCAGACAUACUGUUUGUUCUCACUCUCCCACUGUGGGCAGUGAAUUAUGCUGCUGACAAAUGGAUUUUCAGUGAUUUCGUUUGCAAAAUGGCCAGAGGUAUCUAUGCAAUCAACUUCAGCUGUGGCAUGCUGCUUUUGGCCUUUAUCAGUGUGGACCGGUACAUUGCUAUCGUACAGGCAACAAAGUCAUUUAAACUCAGGGCAAGAACGCUCGCGUAUAGCAAACUCAUUUGUUUGGCCGUGUGGAUAGCAUCAAUUUUAAUCUCUAGUUCCUCUUUUCUGUACAGUGAAAGUUACAGGUUCUCCUCCAAUGAAACCAAAGAGAUUUGCGAUCACAGGUUUGACAGAAUGUCUGAAAGCACGAUGCUGAAAACACUGCUGCUGUGUCUACAAGUUGGCUUUGGUUUUUUUAUACCUUUCAUAUUCAUGAUUUUUUGCUAUACGUGCAUUGUCAAAUCCUUACAACAAGCUCAGAAUUCCAAAAGAAACAAAGCAAUCCGGGUGAUCGUAUUGAUUGUAGCCGUUUUCCUAGUUUGCCAGGUACCUUACAACAUUGUUCUUCUUGUGACAGCUGUAAAUAUGGGCAAGAUAGACAAAUCUUGUGACAAUGACAAGAUAAUGGCCUAUGCGAAAUACACCACUGAAGCCAUCGCCUUUCUACACUGUUGCGUGAACCCUGUGCUCUAUGCGUUUAUUGGAGUGAAGUUCAGAAGUUAUUUUGUGAGGUUAAUGAAGGACUUAUGGUGCAUGAGAUACAAGAAAUACAAUAAACGUGGUUCAAGGACAAACUCUGAUACUUAUCAUUCAAGACCGACUAGUGAAAUUCUGACUGACAAUGCAUCUUCUUUUACUAUGUAA